AUUCGUUCGGGCAAAUUCCUACCCGAUGUAGUCGAGACACGACUAAGCACAACUGACAUUUUGAAUUAUAAACUCGAUGUGAACGGUUCGUUCGUCAGAGACUGUGAGCCAGAGAGUGUGGAUGUGCGCGAGGUGUGAGUGAGAAGAGAAGAGAAGUGUGAAGGAGAAAAGUCUGAAGAAAAGCGCACGAGUGCUGGAAGAGAAAAUCCUGGUAGCCGUUUUUGUGAAGUGGAAAAACACCUAUUUUCCAGUUAUACAACAACGGCUCAUUUAUACACCAAUAAUAAUUGGCGCAUAUGUUUGUGCGUAUUUGUGUAAAUAGACGUCGUGGAAAAGGCGUCAGCGUGUAGCAGGCAAGGCGAAAGUGAAAGUGCAAAUAAAAGAAGUGGUGAAAAAAAAACGAUAGGAAUCAAAACGAGAGCUGUGAAGAGAACCAGAGACUUCUCCAGGACGCGAUGACAAACUCGCACAAUCGUAACGGGCGAAAUGCUGGCAGCGGUAACCAUGCCGAGCGAUACUUCCACAACCACAGCCCGCAGCAGCUGAGCCCCUCGGCACAGCAGCUGCACCAUGGUGGAAACAAUGGAAGCACCAGCAAGCAGCAGCGUGGUGGUGGCAACAAUGGAGCAAACGGCGGAGGAGCGGGUAACCGUAGUCAGCGGUCACCGAGCGCAAACUACUUCCGUAGUAUUUUCUCCUCCUCCAACACAAUACCGAUAGUACAACAGCAGCAGCAGCAGCAAAGGCAACCGUCGUAUUCUCCUACCGGUGGACGUGCUGUAGGAGGCGGUGGUGGACGCCACAGCAACAACAGCAGCAGCAGCUCAAACAGCUUUAAUCAACGCUCCAGUCCGAGCAAUAACAGUGGUGGCAGCUUCCCGACGAUGAUGUCCUCACCGAUGGGGGCUGGUGCUGGGCCUGUAUCAGGUUCGCCGCCAAACUUUUCCCACUUUGCCGGCAGCAAGUGUUACGAUGCACCCGCACCCACCGCACUGCCGAAGCCUCCCGUUCACUGGACAACCGUCGGUGGCGGCACUAACAGCAUCAGCAGCAGCAGUAGCGUUAGCAGUUCCUUCUCGUCAAUGAUGAUGAUGGCGGGCGGUUCAUCCGUCCAGUCUACGGUGGCCGGUAGCGGCAACACCAAAAAGGGGGCGGCAGGAUCCUCCUCCUCCACCAACGGUGCGCUAAAGCAGCAGCAGUAUCAUCCGCAGCAACCGCGGCUGCGAACGAAGGCGAUGAAAUCGUGUGCAUCGGCAGCGGCUAAGGCAAGCAAUCGCCAUGCCGCCGCCUUCACGCACAAUCUGAAAACGAUUCUCAACGUGCAGGCUUAACAACCCGUUACCGCAACCGAGUGUGGCAGAAGCAGCAGUAGCAGCGAUAGUGUUGAACAUGCGAUUACAACGACGAGGACGAUUGGAAACAGUGACAAAGAUACGGUAAUGACGAGCGUUUCGUCAAAGGUUGGCGGAAGUACCGACCAGCAACAAACGAUGACGACAACACGGCGAGAAGAUGGCGGAUCACGAGCAGCACGCCAACGGAAGCGAAAUCGACGGAAGAAAGCGAAGCAGCAGCAGCAACAGCAGCAACCACAGUAAGUUGUGCUGUUGCGUAUUUCUAUUACCUUUGAAAGAUGACAACGAAAGCAACGGAAUGCGAGGACUCUGAAGCCACAGAGCAGCACCUCAAGCAAAAUAGGUAACGCACGCAUCGAAGCAAACUACGGGGUGAAGCAGAAACAUUCAAAACAGGGAGACAGUGGCAAAGUAAAAUCCACAUCCAACGAUCCAGCUAUGCAAGCAAGCGGAUCAUCAGUUGUGUAGGACACCGGAUAAGGACGUGGUUCAAAAGCCCAUCCACAACAUCCAUCCUACCCAAAAGUCAUCUGCACGCGUUUCGUCAUGGUGUCAUGGAUGAGAAAGUGUCUCCGCAAAAGCCUGUUUUCUUCCUUCUGUAUGUAGCUUCAAAGGUAGAGAAACCCGUUUGCUUUAAAGGGAUCUGAAUCCUUUAAAGUUUUGGAAUUCCCGGAUAACUUGCCGUUUGUCGCUACAGACGACGAUAUAUGGGGUGCGCAUCCCUUGCCUCUUGGUGUCGUUUGCUGUAAACUAACCCCGGACUCUGUUGUCGCGCUUCAGAGUUGGAAAGCAAAUUGCAGACGAAUUGUUAUUUGCCGGCCUGGGUACGUUUUGUUGCCGUCUCUGUGUUGAAAUCGUGGCAUGUCGCCUUCCGCAAUUUGGUCGAGCUGAUCACCAUCGCCGUAGCUCACGAUCGAAUCGUCGUCAACAUCGUGCAUGAUCAUACUUGUUCGCAGUGAGAGCUGUAUGCUGUAUGGCUGUAUGCCUGCCAACGUUUGUCUGCAGCAAGCAAGACAAGCAGAGAAGAAGAAUCGCCGACAACCGUAGUGAAAGGAGAACUAAAAGGGAGAUCGAGGCACGAAGAGGAGCGAGUAGUCUUACGUGUAUGUAUGUAAAGGAAUCCUUAUGACUAUAUGAUUUUUUUUUUUCGUUUCGAAUGUUCUGAUUACGGUAUAUAAUGAUCAAGUUUAAUACUUUUUACUUUGAACGAUCCAUUACGAUGUGAAAGGACGUGACGAUAAUUAUAUAUGACAGGACAGGAACUAGAGAUACACAAACCACUAGCAGUGAGAUAGAGAGAUAGAGAGAGAGGGUAGCGGCUGUGUCUCGCAACCAAGAUAGGAUAAAGAUGCUGGCAAAAUUUUACGCACGCGAACACGGUAGGACAGAGUAGGAAGAAUUUGGAGUACACAUUAGUCCAUGCAGAAGUUCAUGCAGAUGCCAUCGUUGUGUAUGGCUGUUGAAGAAGGGAAAUUAUGGUGCAUUUUGGGCGUAAGUCGGUGGAACCUUUCCUACAAAGCCAGCGAGUAGCGAGAGAGAGAGACAGAGCAGUGGAAGGAAGAUGAUCGGUCAGAAAUUACACGUAUACAGUCCGAUGUGCGUUGUGUGUGUACGGAGCAAACGGAUCCAAGCACCCGAGUUCUGGAAGGGAGAUACGAUCAUGUGUGUGGUGAUGGGUGGAUGUUUGUUUCCUUUUGUGUGAGGUGCUACCUAUCACACCCCACACUACCCCAAUCGAACUCUUGCGACUUGACAUAGUCGUAAGCGUCGAUUUUUCCAUUGCUCCUGUUUUUGGCCAUACCACUGUUUACUGAGAGAAGUAGAGGGAGUGCGCCAACUCGUGUUUGUACGGAACAUUCAACAAAACGAGAUUGUACGCGCGACAAAUUUGUUGAUUUGUUUUUUUUUUAAUUAUCUUUUCCAUAAGAUAUUCCUAUACUUUUAGUGCGUUUUAAUUAUAGUUGUACUAGCAGUGUACUUUGUACGCCCCAAAAAAACGAUUUGGUGCCAAGCAUUAUGAUUCAAUCGUUAACGGUUGUUGGAAAAAAGUGGUUUCUGAUCUCUGAAUUUCUAUUACUAUUUUUUUUUGUUUACUAACGACCCUUCGGGGGAGAUACAGUGCAGUACACGCGAAGGGCAUUAGUUGUGGUCUGCUUCAAAUCGAACAUCAUAUCGGUUUGUCUAUAGCUCACCUGUGCUCGAGUUGUCUCACAGAGGUUUACGUGUCCUUUUUUUGUUUUGUUGUAUAAACAGAAAUUUAACUAAAAUUUCUAAACCUUCAAACCCGUGUAUGCAAAACACUUUCAUCGUGCUUAUGUUUUUGCUAGGGGUACCUUUUAUUUUUGUACAAUUAUUUCUAAGUCACCCAUUCUUCUCUCUAACAGCAAGAUGCAGAACCAAACUUUGGACUGAGGUUACAUUGGGAAAGAAUGGAAACCGGGCCCCAUUCCACCGUGGCCAUAGUUAGUUUCCAUUCAUUUUGUUGACGCUGGUACUCUAGAGUGUGAGGAGAAAUAGAUGUGGAAAAUGAUGUGGACAAACACACAACGGUCCCGUUGAUCAUCAGCCCAAUAUCAAGAUUAUUGGCGUAAUGGAUUGUUGUUUGUUUUUUUUUGUUUUGUUCUCUUUUUAAGAAAACGGUGAUAUAAAUUUGAAUUUUAAGAAACAGAUUUUCUAUGCUACUGAAGAUGACUCCCGCACGCACGCACACGUGGACACGCGCGGCAUACGGGGUGUGUACAAUUAGCGCAAGGAGGAAAAGGCUGUGUGUGCUGUGCCGUGCGCCACCGGGGGUGUUUUGCAUUAUCGGACGCGGAGCGGGAACUCAGUUUCAAUUGUACAAAGUAUAUAACAAAUCAAACACAAACACACACCGAAGUAAAUUUUUCACGCAUUCAGAAGAGUAUAGAGAGGGAUGUGUGUCUGUUGUAGCGUUGAAACCCGGUACAAAGGUCGUUCAUGUAAGGAACGUGAACGUUUUAGGCCUUUAGUAGCCUUACUGAGAUUGGCAAUAAUGGGGUAUGAUGUUGUUCUACAGAGAAACAAAACACUUACAAAACCCGAUCAGGAUACGAACAUACAGCAGUUUGUGGGCAAGUUUUUUGCAAAAUCGUGAAUUUCGCCCUGAAAUGAAUUUAUGUAGUUAUUUAGUUACUUCUAAUCGCCGGAACAUCAUUUUCUUAUUAUUAUUAAGUCAUCUUCCUCUAAUUGUGUGUACCUGCAAGGUGUUUGUUUCUCCUUACGACAGCUAGGUGUAAAUUUAUUACUAGGUACAGUUACCUCGCCGCUCCUUGAUAGUCAUUUGUAGUAUUGUAGCUUAAAGAAUUAAAUUUUAUCAACCGUAUUGUUCAGUGUUUGAGAACAUUUUCGAUAAAUUUGUUCUGCAGUGCAGAACAUUUGGAACUAUCUGUUCAAUUGUAAAUCAUAUGAAAUUCUCACCGUGAUCGGAAUUUGUUAUCGAAUAGUUUAUGAAAUUAGAAAGAUGUUAUUUUGCAUGAAAUUUUAAACAGACAUUCUAUACGUAUCACCGCAAAACGUAACUGUAUCUAGUAGUAAAUUUGCUUAGUCGUCAACCAGAACAUUUUUCAUUGUCGGGGUGAGUUUUCAAAUCAACCCCCUGACAUCCCCCCACCCAAAAGAACCAUAGUUUCGAAGACGAUCGACGAUGCAGUUCGUAAAAAUGGUUCGAUUCGUUUCUGCAAUAUUCACGAACGUAUGCAAUAUUAUUUUUAUGUAUAGCUCUGACUUUGUUUUCUUAUGUUUUUUUGUGUCCAAGUAAUGGAAAAAAUAUUACUUCUGACACACAGCUCAGUAUGCGUCCCGAUAUCAUCCUCCAUACAAGUAGGCACAAUCUUUGGCACCUACGAACCUACUGAAUGUGGUUAUAGAACAAAAUACCGCCACAAAAGCGGUAGGGAAUUGCUGGUUAACUUUGGCAGCUAAAGACAUUAAACUCUCGCCAAACGAUGCGAUCCUUUUUGGGGGAAAAAAAACGCAAGGCGAAGAAAGUAGCGAGGCGCGCAACAAUUGCAGUACAAAACUCAAAACCAACACUAACUGUAUGUGUUUUACUAGGGUAAUUCGUGUGUGUGUGUGUGUGGGGAGGGUGGUGGUUGAAGUGGGGAUGGUAGCUGUCGCAAACAAAUGGCGUGUCCUUGUUGCGAGGCGGCCAACCUGCGUGAUUGUGAGAAAACGUUCUUCAUCGUUCACCAGCUUACUUGUGGAUGAUCGUAUGAUUAUGCUUACGGGAGAACACGAAACACAAAAUACCACCGGUAAUGUAAAGCCCCACCACCCGCACUACACAUCAUACAUUGGCACUAAGUGUUGUUAUUACUAAUUGCUUGGUGUCCUGUGUGUUGUGUGUGGUCCGUGUAUUAAAAUUACUCAUGCAAAAAUGGGCAGGAAAACGAAUAUGAGUAAAAGGGAUUCAAAAUCUAGCGUAAGGAAGCAACAGUGUGGGGGGGUAGGAUUUGUGAUGUAAAACUGUUGGGUGUGUGUGUGUGUAUAGGGGUAGAUUUGAACUGUCCUCCCUCCUCUCCCCCGCUUCCUCCCAUUCUCCCAACAUAUAAACUGUGCUACUAAGCGAAUGUCGAACUGAACGGAGAAGGAAUAGUUUGCAAACAAAUGGGCAACGAUUGUAGCGUUUAGUUUCAAACAAAAUAUCCCACCAAGGGUGGUUUGGUAAUGCAUUCUUCUUUCUUUUUGUUUUUUUUUGUUUGUAAAAUGAUCUGCUCAAACCUUCUAAAAUAAUCAAAACGUGAUAUAGUUUCUGAAGUGCAAUUGCAUCCGGUAUGCUAAUUUAUUCCUGUCUCACAUCUUCCUACAAACAAAUACACACCCCCUGCCUUACCAGUGGAUCCCGAUCUCCUUUUUCCCUUCGUGUCCCCAUUUCCUUGUAUGUCUUAUUUGAAAGUGUGAUAAAAAAUGCCUCAAUAAUUACUCCUUUCCCCCCUCUUGUAUUAGUCGUAUUAGUUGUAUCACCCAUUGCAAUACUUUCAUUCAUAGGUUUUUUUUUGUCUUAAAUUAAUAUUUCUUUUAUUUUUUUUCGGACGUUUCAUGACACCAAAAUCCGUAAGACCAACGCGGGAUGGUAUCUUAUACGCUCCGAGCCGUACCCCAGAUCUCAAAUGAUUGCGAGCAAGGCAGCAGAAUGCGGUUACGCUUGUUUGUGUUUGUAGAGCGUAUUUGUGUUCCUUCAUACUCUUCUUAAGGCCCAAUUGGUAUGGAAAAAGGGAAAGCAUAAUUGUGCGUACAGCACAGCAUAACAGACAGAAGAAGCAUUUUUUAGUCAAAUAAGAAGAGGCCGCACGGGAACUGAACGUUUCCCAUUCCAGUCUGCUAACCGUUGCCUGCCGAUUGGUUUGUGCCGUCUAAGAGAGAAACGACGACAAGUGAAGAUGCGCGCGCAGACAUGGGUGGACGUACAUUUCAAACGACUCGUCAACGAAAUCCCUGGUUGUUCGAUGUUUCGAGCUACAUGUUGAAAAUCUAUUAUGCUGGUUGAACAGUGACAACGUGUGCGUGUGUGUCCUGUAUCGGUUGUUUUACUGUCGAGCUACAAAAUCGAGCUAAACGAAAGAUCAUCUUUCUUUCAUCACAGCUGGAGAGUUUCUUGGAAAGUGAACGAUCGCGAUUUGUUGACCAUGUAUCGCCGUUGCUUUAAGCUUCAGAAAGAUUACUAGACACGUCAGGGAACGAUCGCCAAACAGCUAGGAUGUGACGUCCCCAAGGCUGUUGCAUUGUCUGUGUCCGGCUCGUUUGAAAUGUGUGUUGCCAGUAUGCGACGCUUUUGCUCUACCAACGAAAACACGUAAUCGCCCCUUAGAAUAAAAAUUCGCCCUACCUCCCCCUCCAAACAUUAUAUGUUUUAUUUUAUGUGUAUUUCUAACUCUAUACAACUUAUGUGCAUUCUCUUUCUCCUCUACACAUUCUGUUUCACCUUGAUUGUUUUUCUGUGUAAAAUUAAAUGUUAACGACCUUGUAUUUGUGUUUGUCUCAUGAAUGUAUUUUCCCUUUUCGCCCUGGUGUCAUCCCCAUGCCAUCACUGUUUGUGUAGGUGAGUGUUGAACGCAGAACGAACGCACGAAACGAUACAUAAAAAAGUACAAAAAAUAUCUUUCUUUUCAUUCUUAUAUGUUUAAGUGUUUGUGUUUCUUAUCAUUUACCCUUCAUCUUUAUUUGUUUCCCUUGUGUUUAUGUUUCUCUUCACACACGUACACAACAUAUCAAUAGCAGAGUGUUUUGUGAGACACGGUGAUCGUUUCAAUACAAACACCGAAUGUAGUGUAAAAGCUGGCUUGUAACGAUAGUUGUUACAAAAAAAAAAAAAACCCCCUCCCAUUGGUACCUGAAUCUGGCCAAGCAUAUUUGCCAUUUUUCUCCAUACUUCGUGACAUUACCUUUUGCAGUAAAAGGCGCGUUGUUUCAGUCAGUAUAAAUUUACAUAGAACUGUGCAAUGAUACAUUCACCAGACAGUGGCCCGUGCGCCUAAUUCAAAGAUUAUCUAGCAUAAACUUGGCCACAUACAAUGCUCAAAACAUCAUCAUUCAAUGUUAUUUUCAUUUUAUCCCUUUUCAUUUCUCCCUGUAAAAAAAAAACAAAGAAUUAAAAAAAAAUACAAAAAAGUUCGUUUCGGCUAAAUUCUACAACACACACACAAACACAAACAACCA